CGUAUUUUUGUAGCAACACAACCGGUAUGGACGCUGAAUCCCAACGUGUUUUAGAAUAUUUGACAGAAGUUGAGGAGGCAGCAGAGGAUGUCCUCACAACUAAACAGCAGAUUGUGGACCUGGACACAAAGAGAAACAGGAACAGGGAGGCACUGAAUGCACUGAAACAUGAAAUGUCAGAUUCAGAGAAAGUGAAGGUUUGCUUUGGGAACAUGUUCAUCAAAUUCCCCAAAUCCAAGACAAGAGAGAUGAUUCAGAAAGACCAGGAGCAGCUGGACAAGGAGAUAAAUGACCUUCGCAAAGGCCUGAAAGCAAAAGUCAAUCGUCUCAAUGAGAUGCAAGGGAAACCCCAGCUGAGGGGCUACAAUCUCUCCCCGCUGUCCACUGAUGAAGUCAAAGCUAUUAACAGCCUUUUGAAGAGGUGACAGGUUGGAGGACAAGCGGCACAAGUUGCCAGAGAAUCUCGCCUGCAGCUGGAACUGUAAUGCGUUCACCUCUGGAGGUGUGACGACAUCAGCAUCACAACACGGAGGAACAUCAGCGUGGCCGAGUGUCUGCUCAAAACAGGGCUCGGCUUCAUUUUGUAAAAGAUUUGUUCGUAGUUUUUGAAGUCUUUUUUUUCUAACAAUAAUCAGGUUUUUUCUUUAAUUCUUCCCCUUGUUCACAAUUUUUAUUGUAAAAAUCUCUUCCUGAUUCAUUUUCUGCAUUCUGGACAAAAUGCGCAGUCACACCUGCUUCAGUUGUGUUUAGUUAUGGUCCCUCUCCACGAUGGCCCACCCUGGAAACGAAGAGAGGGGAUUCAACACCGUAGAUUUACAAGAUGCACUGAGAGAUGUUCUCAACACAUGUUUUAUCCUCCAUGACGUAUUCUAAAAGCACAGUGGAAUACUUUACUAGCCCGUAUGUACCGGAGGGAUGAUGGUAGCAAGCAGCAGCUGUUUGUGUGGACGUAUGGCUGCGUAACUCUUGUUCUUGGCAGACCUGAAUAACUGUAAACUUCCCCAUAAGACACAUGCAUGUUCCAGAUGGGUGGAGUUAACCAAACAUUCUCAUGACAUUUAGAACAUAUAUCAUAAAAACAUAAUACUGCCAUGAAACUAUCCUAAACGAUGAUGUACAACAUGGCCAUGUUUUUCUAGUAAUGCGGGUGAUAUUAGAAGGAUGAUGCUACAGAUGUGCCAAACCCUGUAAUGAUGAACAAACUGUGUCAUAUGAUGGUUUACAUGUAGCCCACCCUGAUGUGUGUUUACAAUCGCAUGCAUUUCACACACUGCAACUGAAAUGCUAAUUCCAUGGUGUCUGUAGCAGUUUGUUUGUAAUUUAUCGGGCUGUUUUCAAGCAUCAUUUCCAUCAGUUAUGGUGACGUUGUGCUCACCAGAGUUACUGCUGACAUCUGGGACUGUGACAGCAUCUCUAGAGGCGCCUCAGAUCACGUGUGGCUGUAAUGCCAAUAAAUCAGUAGUUGGCUAAACAUGAAGCAUGAACUUGGUUUGUCUGUUUCCCUGCCUACUGUUGACCUUUGUUGUCUCCUCCAAGUACGUUUUCCUAACUCUGGAGUUUGACACGUGUCUGAUCAUGCAGCUGCUUUAGCUUGUGGCCCUUUUUGUUCUGAACGCUGACAGACCUCAACAUGAUGAUGCAACGUUUUGACUGAUGGAGAUCCAAAGUAAGGACAUCCUUCUAACACUUUUGAUUUUUGUUAAAAACACUUUGUCCCAAAAGCCCCAGAUGUUGACAGAUGAAACAUCACAGCUUGACAGACGAGUUUAGUCUUAAGUGUAGCAUUCGCUUCUUAUGUAAUGUAUAGUUGUUUUUCUUGCUUGCAAAGUAAAUAAAGUUUAAAAAAAAAAC